UUCUACUGCCCCUUCUCGUUUUUUUUUUUUUUUUUUUUGAUUUGAAAAUCCGGGAAAUUGGAAAACCCAAAAAAUAAAAUCCGUAUCGAAAUCUGAGGGGGUGUGGGAGAUCGUGUUUGGUGCCAGAGAGGAAAAGGGAAUCCGACCGUCCAUGUCCAAAUCCCCCCACCGUUAUCUGCUUGGAAGCCCCUUCAUUUCCGAUGCCAAUCUCAUCCAUACAUAACACCUCUUCCCUCUCCAACUCUCUCCAUCUCUUCCUUUCUUUUUCUUGUCUCUCCUCUCUUCUUCUCUUUCAUGGCUGCUUGUCUUCUUCUCGACAAUGCCAGCAAUAGUAAUACUAACAGCAACAGCAGCAGCAACAACAACAGCAGCAGUAGCAGAGUUCACCAACAACUACAACAACAGCAGCAGCAUCAUUUAUUAUCUUCUGAAGGAAGUGGUAGGAUGGUGAGGAAAAGAACUGCUUCUGAAAUCGAUCUCCAACCCAAUACCCAUCAAAGAUUUCCACGCCGAACUACUGCUGCAGAAAAUAAUCAACACCCAUUUCAUGAAAUUGGACAUCAUCAUCAUCAUCAUCAUCACCAUCAUCCUUCUCUGCUUUUCUCUCAAGACAACCACAACCAACACUCCUCUUUCCUUCCUUCUCCUAAUUCAAGUCUCACUUCUGGGGGUUCUUCCUUUUCUAAUGCUGCUGCUACUACUGCAGCUACUGCUGCCGAUUUCCCUUACAUCGAUUCCACCCCAACUCAUCUUCAAUUACCCCCACCACUACCGCUACCCCCAGCUGUAUGUGGGUUCUCUGGCAUGCCGCUCUUCCCUUCCGAAAGAGCUGCAGAGCCCGUCAUCUCCGUCUCCGACGAUAGCACAGCUACGGCAUGGAUCGACGGCAUCAUCAGAGAUCUUAUCAGCAGCAGCACCAACGUUUCGAUUCCUCAGCUAGUCCAAAACGUGAGGGAAAUCAUCCAUCCCUGCAACCCCAACCUCGCCACUCUCCUCGAAUACAGGCUCAGAUCAUUGACAGCAGAACCACCCAUCGAACCUUCUUCAGAUGAAAGAAGGAAAGAAAUGGCAGAUCUACACCGGCAACAGCAGCAGGUAGUACAGACUACUACUUCUGGUUUGAAGCUCUAUCUCGACUCGACUCUUGAAAAUUCCUAUUCCAUGAAUUCCAUGAACCGAUUCUUGAAUUGGGGAGAAACCAAUCAAGAAGAAAAUCGCCAACACCAUCUCUAUCGCCCCAAUAACUCCGCUGCUACAUCAACCACUCCGGUUGCCGCCACUGCUUCAUCACUUCAUUCUCUAAACCAAUCUCAGCAGCCACAACAGCAGCAACAGCAAAACAAGACCCAACAACAGCAGCACCAGCAACAACAACAACAACAACAGAACUCUCCACCCCAACAAGUAGUGGCGAAUGCGCCCACAGCAGCAACUACAACUACACCCAGAGAUAAAAAGGACGAGAUGCGGCAACAGAAAAGAGAUGAAGAAGGUCUUCACCUCCUCACUCUCCUCCUCCAAUGCGCUGAAGCAGUCUCCGCCGAUAACUUAGAAGAAGCAAACAAGAUACUGUUAGAAAUCUCAGAACUAUCAACACCCUUCGGGACAUCAGCUCAGCGCGUCGCGGCCUACUUCUCAGAAGCCAUGUCAGCCCGUCUGGUGAGUUCGUGUCUCGGCAUCUACGCGCCGCUCCCUGGCGGACCUCCACACAGCCAGAAAAUGGUGUCGGCAUUCCAGUACUUCAACGGCAUCAGCCCUUUCGUGAAAUUCUCUCACUUCACAGCGAACCAAGCCAUCCAAGAAGCGUUCGAGCGAGAAGAGAGAGUCCAUAUCAUCGAUCUCGAUAUAAUGCAGGGACUCCAAUGGCCAGGAUUAUUCCACAUACUAGCAUCGAGGCCAGGUGGGCCUCCUUAUGUUCGGCUCACAGGACUAGGGACGUCGAUGGAAUCGCUGGAAGCGACAGGGAAACGACUGUCGGACUUUGCUGAGACGCUUGGGCUGCCGUUCGAAUUCUUCCCAGUCGCUGAGAAGGUGGGGAAUUUGGAUCCAGAGAGACUGAAUAUUAGUAAAAGGGAAGCUGUUGCAGUGCAUUGGUUGCACCAUUCUCUCUAUGAUGUUACUGGUUCUGAUGCAAAUACUCUAUGGCUCUUGCAGAAGUUGGCGCCUAAGGUAGUGACAAUGGUGGAGCAGGACUUGAGCCAUGCUGGGUCGUUCUUGGCUAGGUUUGUUGAAGCAAUACACUACUACUCAGCGCUGUUCGAUUCAUUGGGGGCGAGCUAUGGAGAGGAUAGUCAUGAGAGGCAUGUGGUGGAGCAGCAGCUGUUGUCGAGGGAGAUUAGGAAUGUUCUUGCUGUGGGAGGUCCUGCUAGGAGUGGUGAGGUGAAGUUUGAGAAUUGGAGGGAGAAGAUGGAGCAGUCAGGUUUUAGAGGGAUAUCAUUGGCUGGGAAUGCUGCUACACAGGCAACACUGCUGCUUGGGAUGUUCCCUUGUGAUGGCUAUACACUUGUGGAAGAGAAGGGAACUUUGAAACUUGGGUGGAAAGAUCUGUGCUUGCUCACUGCUUCUGCAUGGAGACCUAUCAAUUCCAACAGCAGGGUCGUGAUUCAAAGAGGACACAUCGAGUGAAGGGUGGAUGGUACGUGUCAGAGAUUCGGGUGGAUGGCACACGUGAGAGAUCCUGGCUAUCCAUCAAGAAGGGUGCAGUGUUUAUAACAUGUCAUGGACGAGAAUAGUAUUUGUCCGCUGAUAAGGUAAAUCAAACUUGUAUGUGAAAAAUGGGCUGUUAGAAAAGAAAAAAAUAUUAUAUAUAUAUUAGUCCAAAUUCAUGA